AUGCCACCCCAAAAGAGAGAGUCGGACGGUCCUGUACCUUCGGCGAAGAAAGCCCAUCCCUUCUUCAGUGGAGGUGCUCGAAAGCAGACUCUGGGCUCAUUCCUCCCCUCCGAACCCUCCCUUAUCCACUUCACCCAUUUGGAUCCAUUCUCGGUCGUCCAACAUGGCUCCUCGUCCACCCAAUCUGGGCCGAAGAAGGCCGGAGUGAUGUUCUACGACCUCGACGGAACGCUCAUCAAACCGAAGAGCGGAGCCAAGUUUCCAAAAGACAGGGAGGACUGGCAAUGGUGGCACCCAUCAGCUCCAGAGAGAUUAAAGAAGGAGUACGAAGAGGGAAAGCAUUUGGUGGUGAUUUCAAAUCAGGGAGACAAGAGCCCGAAACGGAGAGGUGAAUGGCGGGAGAAGCUGUCGCUGAUUGCGGCCAAGAUGCCCAAAGGCAUACCAUUCCGUGUCUUGGCUGCCUUGGACAAGGACGUGUACCGCAAACCAAACAUUGGCAUGUUUCAAAUUGCCUCUGAACUUUACCGGCGCGAGGGACUUGAGAUCGAUAUGGACAACUCUCUUUUCAUCGGCGAUGCUGCAGGGCGUCCUUCAACUGGUGGAAAGCCAAAGGAUCACAACGAUACAGACUACAAGUUUGCACUGAAUGUUGGCCUCAAGUUUGUGACGCCAGAAGAGCACUUUCUUGGUCACCCUCGUCCCAGAUUCCCAGAGCCUGCCAUAGGUUUCAGACCAUCUUCGCUCGGCAACCUCGAAUCACUGCCUUACAUCGUCCCUUCGCACACUCCGAUCACUCGCGAGAAGAUAGAGGUCGUUCUUUUUGUUGGUUACCCUGCUUCGGGCAAAUCAUCAUUCUACAGAAAACAUUUCGAGCCAAAGGGGUAUGCGCAUGUGAAUCAAGAUACUCUGAGGACGAAGGACAAGUGCUUGUCGGUGGCGGAGCAGGAACUGAGCAAUGGCAAAUCUGUGGUUGUGGGCAACGCCGUACUUACACCACCCGUAGAUAACACCAAUCGAGAUUGUGCCACCAGGGCUCACUGGACAGCUCUUGCCGCCAAGAUGCAGGUUCCCAUCAGAGUGUUCCAUUUUCUCUGCCCUCCCGAGCUAGCCAAGCACAACAACCUCUACCGAGCCUACUAUGGCCCCUCCAAUGAACCAACCCGUACGGCCCUUCCUCCUGUCGCAUUCGGGAGCUUUGCGACAAACUUCGAGGAACCAACCAAACAAGAAGGCUUCGUGGAGGUGCGGACAGUGAAUCUUCAUUUCGAGGGGACGGAGGAGCAGAGGAAGUUUUGGGAUAUGUAUAUCGAGUAG